GAAAAACAGAGGCUGUCAUCAAAAACUUCAGCCCGCACUACAGACGCCAGUAUGCGGUGGCUUUCUGCAAGCAUGUGCAGGAUGAGCUGGAGCAGCACCGGGAUUCCCAGUCCCGGUUCCUGAAAACCAAGCCCCCAUUGGAAGCUGGGACAGUCUUAUAUGAAGCAGAGCUGAUGCAUUUUGCGGAGGAUCUGAAGAAGUGGAAGGACAGAUACGUUGUUAUCAAAAAUGACUACACUGUGGAUUGCUUUGAGACUAAAGAGGCCUACCAAAAAGGAGCCAGCCCUAAAUAUCAUGUUCUUCCUGCAGGAGGAAAAGUACUGACUUCAGAAGAAGAUUACAAUUUGCUGUCUGAUAAACAUUUUCCAGAUCCUGUUGGGUCAAGUGAGAAGGAAGUCUCUCAAGCCUUCGUUCAGCUGCCAAGGGAGUUCCCGGUUUACCUGUGGCAGCCCUUUGCCCGGCACAGCUACUACUGCUUCCCGGAGCCAGAAGCUCAGAGGCAGUUCAGUGCCAUGCUGGAGGACUGUGUGAGACACUCAAACCACGAUUUUCUCAAGCAGACCACGUAUGAAGUUGAGGCGUUCUUAGAAGCCAUUCAAUUCUUCCGGCAGGAGAAAGGCCACUAUGGGACAUGGGAAAUGAUAACUGGCAAUGAAAAAGAGAUCCUGAGCAACCUUGUGAUGGAGGAACUCCUGCCUAACCUUCAGACGAUGAUGCUGCCAAAAAUGAAAGGAAAGAGGAAUGACAGGAAGCGAGCCUGGUUUGGUAUCGUAGAAGAAACUUAUGGCUUAGUCCAGCAGCAGGUGUCAGAAGGAUUAAGUACCUUGAAAGAAGAAUGCAGAGAUUUUGCAAAAACUCUUGAAGGAACCAUUCGUUCAGACAUGGAUCAGAUUCUGAACUCCAAGAACUUCUUAGCUGGAAAAAUCAAAGCCACUGUUUCUGAGCCUGCCCAGAAAUGCUGCGCAGAAAAUAUCCAGCCAUUUCUCACAUCCAUAUUAGAGGAGCUCAUGGGUCCAGUGAGUUCUGGAUUCACUGAAGUCCGCUCACUUUUUGAUAAAGAAGUUAAUGAAAUCAUCCAGGACUUCCAGAAGACCAAUGAUAUCACAAAGCUAAAGGAGAAUGUGGAUCAGCUUACGAACUUACCAUUCAACUCUGUGAAAAUGGAGCCCUGCUAUCUGAAAGUGAACCUCCUCCAAGAGCUCCUUCAAGACCUCAAGAGUCGCUUCAAGGUCUAUCACAUUGAUUUUGUGAUUCAGAGGACACAGAACUUCAUGCAAGAGCUGAUGGAAAAUGCAGUUUAUACUUUUGAGCAGUUGUUCUCUCCAAGUCACCAGGCAGACUCAGCGAAAGUUGCAACAACCAUUGAAAAAGUCAAGCUGAGAGUACUGAAGCAAUAUGAUUAUGACAGCAGCACUAUCCGGAAGAAGAUAUUUCAAGAAGCGCUGGUACAGAUUACUUUGCCCACAAUGCAAAAGACACUGGCUUCAACGUGCAAACCAGAGCUGCAGAAAUACGAGCAGUUCAUUUUUGCUGACUACACUAGUGUGAUCCAAGUAGAGAAUGUGUAUGAAGAGAUUUUAUAUCAGACAUUGCUUGAAGAAACCCUGAAAGUGAUAAAAGAAGCUGCCAUUAUGAAGAAGCACAACCUCUUUGAAGAUAACUUGAAUUUGCCCUGUGAAAGUGUGUCCAGCUUAACGGACCUCAAGACCCCUUCAGGAUCAGCACAAACCACUCCUGCAAAGAAGCCUGCCUCCGCCCGAGCCGAGACAUCAGACACUGAAACUCAAAGUGAUGAAACGCUCAUUGUGACAGAAAAAAUUUCUUGGGAGAAGGAUGCCGAUGAUAGAAAGUCAUCAGACAAAGAGGCAGUCACUUCUGUUAAUAUGGCUGGUGAUCAGGCAAGUGAAAGUGAAGAAGUGGUCAUUAGAGACAUUGGUGAAAAACAGGAGUCACUUUCAGCUACCCUUACAAAACAAGGUGUUACGGAUGAAAAAAGUUCUUCAGAGAGUGAAGGCAUGGUGACAGCAGAGUGUGUAGUGAACACUGAAAAAGAGCUUAAGACUCAAGAAGCUGUGGAGGAAAAAGUAGCUCCUGGGACUGAAAGUGCAGUGAAAGAUUUUGGAGCCAGCCCUGAAAAAGAACUUAAGGUACCUGAAGGGGCAGUGGAGGAAAAGGUAACCUCUGAGAGUCAAACGUCAACGGAUGCUGCAUUUGUUGGUGGCACUGAAAAAGAGAGCAAAGCACAGGAAGAAGUUGCUGAGAUAAAGCUGACUUCCCCACAUGAUAAUGUAGUAGAAGCAGAUAUUUUAGGGAAUGCUGAAAAGAAAAUCAAGGUAGAAAAAGAAAUUACAGAAGAAAUACCUCAGAGUGAAAAUACGGUAGGAACAGGGUUUGAAGAGGAUAGUGAAAAAGAAAGCAAUGACCAGGGAGCGAGUGCUGAGACAAGGGUUACCUCCCAGGAUGAAAACACAGGGAAGGAAGGGUUUGGGGAUAAUCCUGAAAAAGAAAGCAAGUCAGAAGAAAAGAGUUGUAAAUCACCUGAUGAUGUGAAUGAGAUAAGGAGUUUGCUGAUGGUAACGGUUGAGAUACCAGCAGGUACUCCAGCUGAGAACAUAAAGGAGAUUUGUGAAGGUGAGAUGUUAAAAUUGCAGGAGCACAAUGACGGGAACAACGAGUUGAGCAAAACGGCUGCAGCAGAAAUUCAAGUGAGCCAGACGGUGAUGAAUAAAGAUGCAGCAGAAGGCACAGAGUUCAAGGAGGACCGACCAUCUUCAUCUAGUUUGGGGACAGAUGGUACGAAUUUAGAGAAUGUGUCCGAGGGGCUCCGCAAUAUGGCACAGGCAGAAUGGCUGGUGGAAAGCUCAGAUACGCCUCAGGAGGCAAAGGCAGAGGUGGAGAUCAAGCAAAGCAUUUGGUACACAGGUGUGGGAAGCUGCAAAAGUGAUAGGUUGCAGGCAGAGGAACACACAGAAAAUGUGUCUGAAGGCAAAAGGUUAGAUGGGGAGGAAGGAGGAGCAGGGAAUAGCCAUGCCAUCCCGGUGGAG